UCUCUACUCUCUGGGAUCAAGCACAAUAUGAUAUCUGUUGGAUAUCUGAGGAUAAUAGUAUAAAUAAUAAUAUUAUAAAUAUCUUUUUCGUAUUGCAAAUUAUAGUUUGAUUUUAGUGUUUACGUGUUUUUGAAUAAUAAUAGUGUAUCAUCAUCAAAUAGUUAAUUAUAAUUGUAUAUUGUGUUUCUUUUGUUAUUAGAAAAUUGCUUGCCGCCACAAGUUUUACAACAUUGGUUAAGAUGUGGUAUUUAACUUCAGAAAAUGAUAAAAGAAUCGUAUUUGUAUUACCAGGAAAAAGUGUUACAUUAGGUAGAAGUCUAGAUGGGCAGAACUGCAAUUUUGCUAUAUCUGAAGAUCCUUCAAUUAGUAGAAAACAUGCAACCCUAUCAAUUUCUGAUGGUGUUUUAAUUUUAAAAGACUUGGGGUCUAAGUAUGGUACUUUCGUAAACAAUUCCGUGAAAGUUGAACAUGAUACAAUGAUAACACUAAAUUGUAAUGAUAUUAUCAAGUUUGGUAAAAUGAAUUCUAUUUGGAAGGUUCAGCAAAUCAAUUUAACAACUUGCACAUCCACACUUAAAGGAGAAAAUCUUCAGAAUCUUAAAAAUAUCCUGGCUAAAUUAGGCGGAGUUGUAAAGAGUGAGUGGGACGACACUUGUGAAUAUUUAACAAUGCCUGCAAUAACACUGACAAUAAAAGUAGUAUUAGCAUUGGUUCAAAAUUCACAUAUUGUAACCAUUGAUUACUGGAAUAAAUGCAUUGAAGCUGUAAAUAAUAAUCAACCAUUGCCGAAUCCAAAUAAUUUCAUACCUCAGAUAUUAGAAUCAACACUGAACAAAGAAAAUGUUUCUUUUCUUGCUAACAAAGAGAGAAGCUUAUUAUUUGCUGGCAAGAAAGUUAUUUUCUUUUCAAGAAGGCAGUUGGAUUUAUAUAAAAGGGUACUCUCAAAAAGUUGUGGUACUGCUUUGUUACUAAGUGAAUCUAAAAUGACAAAAUCUGCUUUAUGUGAUGACAGUGUUAUUGUUAUCCAGUAUAUUGUGUCUGCUUCGAGUCAAGAGACUCAAGCUCAGAGGGAUCAAAUUAAUGACAUUGUAGAAUAUCUGAAGAGCAAAGGAAAGAGGGUGGUGGCUGAUGCUGAAAUAGGUCUCGCUAUAUUAUAUUGUUCAUUAAGAAAAUAUUGCAAUCCAUCAUUCAACUUUUCAUCAGAAGUCAUAAAACAAGUACCUUGUCAGGAUACAAACAAAAAAAUAUUAGCUCCAGAGUCCCAGGAGACAUCAGAAAACUUAUGCAAACAGGAGAAUUUGUUGAUUGAUGAAAGUUUAACACCUAAUAAUCAUUCUUUAACAGUAAACAAUGAUAAUAAUUCUAAUAUUUCUAAAAGAAAAUUAAGUGAAGAUGCUGAUAAUGCUAAUACAAGUAGUCUUUUUAAAAAACCAGCAACAGGUAGUACUAGUAUGUUAAGUUCUAAUCACACUAACAAAAGACAGAAUGAUAAUGAAUAUAGUAAUUUAGAGAAUCCUGCAAAAAAAAUUGCUGUUGAUGAUAAUAAAGAUGAAGGUGAUGUGUUUAACUUUGUAAAAAGUGACAAAAAUAUGAAUGGAAGUAGCUCUAACAGGAAACUGAAUUUAACUAAACCUAUUAAAAGAAAACACAGUGCUGAUGAUGAAGAAGAUCUAUUCAAUUUUGUAAAUAAACCAAACAAGAAACCUACUUUGGACACACCUUGUAGUAGUAAUGCAGAACCUCUAGAUGAUUCCUCAACAAUAACAUCUAAAAGUGCUAUUCCAAUUGAUGAUAAAAUUGACAUAAGUACUCUAAGAGGAUCAAAACUAAAAGAAUUAAUACAGAUCAAUUUAAAUACUCCAUGUUACAAACACAUUAAAAAAGAAGACACUUUGGAGUUAGAUGAAAAAUUCAGUAACAUAGACUUAGGUUCUACAAGUCUUGUUGUAAGAAAUGAUUUAAUUGUUAAGCGGGAAGCUAUUCAGGUAAAAACUCCAGAAAAUGGAGUUAAAAACUUCAAAAAAUUCAAAAAAGUGUGGCCUGUGAAAAUGCGAGUAACUAUGGGAUCUGGAGCAGCUUAAAUAUGAUUGCAAAAUUGGUUAACACACAAAUGUAUAAAAAAAAACAAAAACAAAUUGUGGUUAAAAAUCCAUAGUUGUUUUAUUACUUUAUCAUUUCAAAUGUAAGUCAAGAGAGAUGUUAACACCUCUUAUACAUAAUAAAUUAUAAUCUAUUAUAUUAUUCUUCAUUAUUUUUGUCAUCUUCUUCAUUUUCACUAAUAUCUUGCUCCAUAUCACUAAAAGAAAAUACAUUUUAGUUAAAUUAGCAUUUUCAGUAAUACCAGCAUUAAUAACCAACCAAUAUUAAUCUGUAAAAAAAGUUAACUGCCUUUGUUGUCAAUGUGUAUAAUUAAUUUAAUAGAAAAUGAGUUUUACCUG